AUGCUUGGCAUGGCGGUCCAAAUAUUGCUAGGAUUUAUUUACUUCGGGUCAACUACUGCAUUCAAUGCUUUCACGGGCGUCGGUGUUAUUACCUUGACUGUCAGCUAUGUCUGUCCAAUCGCUGUGUCUCUUGCUGGAGGCCGACGACACAUAAAGAAUGGCCAAUUUGACCUUGGCACACUCGGGCUAGUUUGCAAUAUUGUGGCACUGGCAUGGAGUAUUCUUGUCAUUCCAUUAUUUUGCAUGCCCUCUUCAAUCCCUGUCGCUGCAGAUACGGUCAACUACGCACCGGUGGUGUUUGUUGCAUUUAUCCUAGUCGCCUCUGGGUGGUACUGGGUUUGGGGGUACGAGAAGUAUGUUGGGCCGCCAACAAUGGAGGAUGAAGUUCGCUCAUCAGACUGGUAA